AUGGCUGUUCUUCCGAGGUUCCAUGAACAACUGGACUAUCCAAUCGAUGGUUGGGAUGGUUCGGCGUCGGAGUGUUGUAAUAGGACAGGUGUGAUUUGCGAGAAUUCGACGGAUAUCCCACCAAGGGUGGUUGGUCUAGUUCUCGGGAACAGAAGGCUUGGAGGAGGUGUUGAUGAUUCACUGACGGAAUCUACCCUGUGCCAUAAUGCAUCCUACAUUGAGACUCUUGACCUUUCCGGUAACUACUUCCACAGAGAGAUUCCUAGAGAUAUUGCCAACUGCUCAUCUCUACAACGGCUGUUUCUUGAUGGCAACAAUCUGUGUGGGAUCUUGCUGGAAGGCAUUUUCCAGCUCCGGCAUAUGGGGGAACUUCAUGUUCAAGGGAACAGGCUUUCUUGGCAACUUGAUGACAGAAUCAACAAGCUCGUACACCUUGUGAAAUUGGAUCUCUCUUAUAAUUUGUUUUCGGGGAAAAUCCCGGAUUCUUUCUCAAGACUAGUGAAUCUUGAGCCCUUCUCUGCUGGCUCAAAUCAAUUUUCUGGUCCUUUGCCCAGUUCCCUGGCGAGCUCUCCAUCCCUUUCACUUAUCUAUUUGGGUAAUAACAGUCUGAGUGGUCCUAUUAGCAUCAACUGCACAGAAAUGAUUAACAUCACUUAUCUCGAUCUGCACUCCAAUAUUUUUGACGGUCCAAUUCCUGAAGAAUUAUCAACCUGCCAUGGAUUGAUUGAUCUGAAUCUCGGCCUAAACAGGCACCCUCCAAACGAGCUUCCUGCUAAUUUCUGGAACCUCAAGGCAUUAAAGCAUCUUCUACUUGCAAAUGUGAGCCUCGUGAAUUUGUCUGCAGCACUUCAGACCCUACAAUAUUGCAGAAACUUGACUACACUGAUUAUAAAUUGGAAUUUUUGGGAUGAAGAGAUUCCUCAAAACCCGGACCUGCAGUUCCAUAGCUUGAAGACAUUAGUUAUUCCGAAUAAUCGACUUAGGGGCUCUCUGCCCGUGUGGCUAAGUGGCUGCACAAACUUACAAGUGCUAGACCUAUCAUGGAAUCAAUUGAGCGGUCCAAUUCCAAUUUGGAUUGGCAAACUCAAUCACUUAUUUUACUUGGACUUGUCACUUAAUAAUUUCACUGGAGAAUUGCCGGAAAGAUUAGCUAAGCUUGGAAACCUCAUGGACCUCAACUUCUCCUCUAUGGUGGACCCCUCAUCGAGCUUUUCAGUUUAUGUCAGGAUACCAGAAAGAAGAUCUUUAAAGUAUAAUCACGUAUGGAAUCUUCCGCCAACCUUGGACUUGAGCAGCAACAAGCUCAGUGGACCAAUUCUUGCUGGUCUCGGAAAUCUCAGGGGGCUUCAUGCCUUGAAGCUCAACAACAAUAUCUUCUUGGGAAAUAUCCCCGUAACUCUAUCGGGCAUGGAGAACUUGGAGUUACUGGAUUUGUCUCAGAACAACUUGUCAGGACAGAUUCCACUAACUUUGAUUGAGCUCAACUUCCUGUCCCACUUCAACGUCUCCUUUAAUAGGCUCUCUGGUGAAGUUCCUUCAGGCGGGCAGUUCACCGACGCUCUCGAGUCCCCGCUUCGUAGGGAAUAG